AUUUAGAAUUUUUCUCAACUUUUCUAGCAUAAUGAUUUGAAUAAUAUCAAAUUCAAAAUUCUAAUUUUAACUAAUUAAAAUUAAUUAUUAUUAAAAUAUAAUUAAAUUUAUUAUUAAAUGUCAAAAUUACCAUCAAAAUUAUCAAAAAUUUACUCUGUGCAUUUUCUCAAAAUUAUUUAUAUUAUUCAUAAUUAUAAUUUUAAAAUUUCUCCCUUUUAUUCUCAAAUUCCUUUACUUCUUAAUCCCUACUCAACUCAACCAUCAAUCCUCUUUAUAUUAGAUAUUAUUAUAAUUUAUUCUUACAAUUAUUCUAUUCUAAAACAUUCAAUUGAUUUGUAAACCAAUCGUACCAACUCAAUAAAAGAAGGUCAUGUAU